AUGCUGAGCAAAUCUGCAGAAACGAACAUCACGUCGCACAUCGCCGUGACCCAGGACACCCCCGGGGACCUCAAGCUGGUGGUUAAGGAUUGCAACAACCUGCUCGGCGGCUCCAGCAUCAACCUGCGGAAGGGCCUCCUCACCAACCUGGUGAGCAGAAUGCUGAACUCUACUCUCAAGUCCCUUGUCCCUGCACUGCUCUGCCCGUUAGUCAACUUCUGGGUCCGCAUCAUCAACAUUAAUUUACAAUUCCUCAACCGCGUCGUCUCCUUCGGGCUCCUGGGGAAAAUCUACUCUGCGCUCUCCAAACUGCCCGUGACAUCCGAGCAUUUCGUGGAGCUGGAUCUGCAGGAUUCCCCAUUCCCAAGCACCUUCAUCGACUGGCUCCUCCAGACCGCAGGUGUCAAUCCCGGGAGCAAUCCAUAGCUGCAGGCUGGAAGUACGUGGG